AGCAAAUUUACCUCAAGCGUUCACGCGGCUCAGGGAUUUCAUCAAAUAUCUCUGUACAGACAGUCGCUGGUAAAAUAUGCCGAUGCCUUUGAUGGACAAGUUGGGCGUUCUGGCGGGUCCUUUGAUGGACAAGGUGGGGGCGUUGUCCUACUGGGAGAAGUGGAAUUUGGUGUGGCUUGCCGCAAACUUCUACAUCCAUUUCGGCUGGGAGAUGAGCCUUCUGGGGUUCUUCGAUUAUGCAGAGUGGGCGAGAGGCUUCAAGCCAUGGAACAUCUUCUGCGCAUGCUUCGACUCAUAUGGCAACUUCGACAGGCGCUACAAGCUCAAGCCGCCCGCAGACCACCAUGGCACGAAGACGAGCAUCGACAAAGUGGUGCUCGCUGUGGAGGUCCCUGCAGGCAUCAUCGACGGCGCCCUCUGCUGCCUCUGGCUCAAGGCGAUCUUAGACAACGCUUGGUACCGCCUGCCCACCCAGCUGACCGUCAGUGCGCUGCAUGCCUUCGGCACGGUGGUCUUCUGGGCUGACGAGCUUGUGCCAGGAUACAUGAACUGGUUCAAGGGCAAGGGGUGGAAGUGGACGCACACCGAUGGGCCAAAGAGCAUCCAUUGGUGGUGGGCCUUCGUUGGCAGCAAUGCCGUCUGGGUCGUCAUACCAUUGAUGUACUGCAAGAGCGCGAUCGACGGCAUGAGGCCUGCACUGAUGAAGGCAUGAGGCGCUGCCGUCGGCGCCCCAACGAGCCCCUUGCCGCUGCUCGUUGUCGUCGGACAGCUGGUUCACACAGUCAGUCGGGCGUCAUCCGCUGGGGAUCGACGUGGGGAUCAGUGGCCCAAUGCGGCCUCUGAUCGCUAGUGUUGAGCUCAUCGCCAGCCGGGCCACACCUCCAUAGCCUUGGGGCAACGAGUGGCUCGGGGAGCAAGGACCGCGCACGUUUUUACAAGACCGCGCGGUGGCCGUACGGCAGGUUCGUGUCGCGCCGACUCCGCAACGAAAGCCAACGCCGAAAUGGUCACAGCACGAACCUGCCGUACAAUACUCUUGCUGAGUCGCUGCUCCGCUUUUCAGAGCGCGGGGGUCCCGUCGGCGCGACGUGGACAAAAGAGUGCUUCCUUUACACUGCCCGUCCCUCGCCUCGCACGAGGGGCGCCGCCACAAAUGAAUCGCCGACGCCUGCCCUCACCCGGAUGAGCCGAUGUUCCA